AAUGGUACUCCCUCCCUCCAUCUUAAAAUGGUACCUCCGGAGGUGCCCUCCGGAAAUACAAAGUUGUACUCCCUCCAUCCCAAAAUAAAUGUCUUAAAUUUAGUAUAACUUUGUACUAAAAUUAACACAAAGUUGAGACACUUACUUUGGAACGGAGGGAGUACAAAAGUUGAGACAAUUAUUUGGAGAGAGUAUUUAGGAGUAUUUCUCCGUUUCAAAUUUACUUCUCUUUGGGCCGGCCUGAAACGCCCCCGCGACACAACUCACCAGUGAAAACGGCCCAGAGAAUUAAAGUCCGACAGUAAACAGCAGCCGUUCUUUCCCGAGCGCGCCUCGACAAAUACCGAACCAACAUGUUCUCUGUUGGUUCACUCGAUCACUGUCCUACGCCAUGGCGCCUCCUCAGUCCGACGAGCAGCUCGUCGACGAUCCUGCCAUGGUGGACAUUACUCCUCCUCACCCCGACGAGCAUUUCAGUGAUGAGCCGGCCGUGGAAGACACAGCCCCUCCUCGAUUCUCCGACGAGCAACAACCCGGCAGCGUGCCGCAAACCACGCUGAUGCCGUACGCAGCCGUGGACUCGUCGCUGCGCGCCAUGGCCGGCCAGGCCGAGGGCUUCGGCCGGCACGCCAUCGGCGGCCUCCACGGCGACGUCUACCACGUCACCACCCUCAAUGACGACGGGCCCGGGUCGCUGCGCGACGGUUGCCGUCGCCAGGAGCCGCUGUGGAUCGUCUUCGACGUGUCCGGCACCAUCCGCCUCGCGUCGGGGCUGCGCGUGUCCUCCCAGAAGACCGUGGACGGCCGCGGGCGGCGCGUGACGCUGUCCGGCAAGGGCCUUCUUCUUCGCGAGUGCGAGCACGUGAUCCUGUGCAACCUGGAGGUGGAGGGCGGGCGCGGGCACGACGCCGACGCCGUCCAGAUCAAGCCCGGGUCGAGGCACGUGUGGGUGGACCGCUGCAGCUUGCGCGACUUCGCCGACGGCCUGCUGGACGUGACCUGCGGCAGCACGGACGUGACGGUCUCCCGGUGCCGCUUCUCGGCGCACGACAAGGCCGUGCUGAUCGGCGCCAGCAGCGAGCACGUCGUGGACCGGCGCAUCCGGGUGACCAUCCACCACUGCCUCUUCGACGGCACGCGGCAGCGGCAGCCCCGCGUCCGGUUCGGCCGGGUGCACCUCUACAACAACUACACCAGGGGCUGGGGCAUCUACGCCGUCUGCGCCAGCGUGGAGUCGCAGAUUGUCUCCCAGUGCAACAUCUACGAGGCAGGGGAGAAGAAGAAAGUGUUCACGUACAUGAGCGAGCAGGCGGCGGACAGGGACUGCAGUUCAAGUGGGCGCAUCCGGUCUGAAGGCGACCUGUUCCUGAACGGCGCGAAGGAGCACACCGAAAAUGAUUUGGAAACUGCAGAAGACGGCCAGUGGGACUUCAAGGUCCGGGAUUGCUACAGGCCGUGGUCGGUCCAGCCGGCGUCGAUGGCGCUCAAGGAGCUCCUGGAGUCCUGCACCGGCUGGCAGCCGGUUCCGUUGCCGGAAGACGACGUCUGCUUCACAAGAACGCCAGCUGCUGCUGAACCACUCUGAAAUUUUAGAGCACGCGAUGCAAAUAAAUUUACACGAACAAUAACGAACCACCGUACUACUGCUAGUAUUAUGUUUGACAGAUAUGAUCAAUAACACGAACGAUAUCUGAAGCUCUGAAUUCCAUAGUCGGUGCAUCUU